CUCUCUCUAGUUGAAGUCACGCUUGGCCAGGAUGCCGUCAUUGCCGUGAGAAUUCCUGGUGUGGAAACUUCCCUGCUGCUCUCCGGGACGCGUUUUUCUUUCAUUAACUAAGCCAGAAACACAAGCUGAAAUUCCUGACGGAUGCUGUGGCGGUCCUGGCUGAGACUGAGAAGGGUUAAUCCAGGCGUACCCGGCUGCGAUGGUAUUAACGCCGCAUAGGAUUUUUUAAUUGGCCUCCUUAAAAUAGAGGGUCCCCAGCCCUCCCUCCCUCUCUCCUUCCCUCCCUCCCUCCCUCCCCACUUCGGAUCGCAUGAUGUUUUAACUUUGUGAUGGCUGAACUCGCGAAAGCAGCCCAUCCACACGGAGAAUUAGCUGAAGCAGAUUCCCACGGGUUCCAAAAACUUUCCUUCCUUGACCAGGAGCGCGUCUGUGACCCCAAAUGUUCCAAACUGCCUUUUUUUAUGCCUUUGCUUCCGUGAGAACUGACAACCCGGCCACGGACUCUUCCCAACGUUGUUGAAGGGAGGCAUUAGCAAGAGGCAUCACACCUCCCUAACUCUUACGAUGGGAGAGGGAGAGGCAGCCGGAGGAACCACACAUGGUCUCCGCCUCAGCGCGUCCUAGCGCCGGGACGCGGAGAUGAAUGGUGAGCCGCGGCUGUGACUCGCUAGUCUCUCUCCACACUUGAUCCGCUACAACUUCCGGCUCAGACAUGGAAAUUCUCUGUGAAGACAAUACUUCUCUGAGCUCGAUUCCAAACUCCCUGAUGCAAUUAGAUGGUGACCCGAGGCUCUACCGUAACGACUUCAACUCCAGGGAUGCUAACAGCUCCGAUGCCUCCAACUGGACAAUCGAUGCAGAAAACAGAACCAACCUCUCCUGCGAAGGGUACCCCCCGCCCACAUGCCUCUCCCUGCUUCACCUCCAGGAAAAAAACUGGUCGGCUUUAUUGACAGCUGUCGUGAUCAUUCUAACCAUUGCUGGAAACAUACUGGUCAUCAUGGCAGUGUCCCUAGAGAAAAAGCUGCAGAAUGCCACCAACUAUUUCCUGAUGUCACUGGCCAUAGCUGAUAUGUUGCUGGGUUUCCUUGUCAUGCCCGUGUCCAUGUUAACCAUCCUGUAUGGGUACCGGUGGCCUUUGCCUAGCAAGCUCUGUGCUGUCUGGAUUUACCUGGACGUGCUCUUCUCUACGGCCUCCAUCAUGCACCUCUGUGCCAUCUCGCUGGACCGCUAUGUCGCCAUCCAGAACCCCAUUCACCACAGCCGCUUCAACUCCAGAACCAAAGCCUUCCUGAAAAUCAUUGCUGUGUGGACCAUAUCUGUAGGUAUCUCCAUGCCAAUCCCAGUCUUUGGACUCCAGGAUGACUCGAAGGUCUUUAAGGAGGGGAGCUGCCUGCUCGCCGAUGACAACUUUGUCCUGAUAGGCUCUUUUGUGUCAUUUUUCAUCCCCCUAACCAUCAUGGUGAUCACCUACUUCCUCACGAUCAAGUCACUUCAGAAAGAGGCCACCUUGUGUGUGAGUGACCUCAGCACUCGGGCCAAACUAGCCUCCUUCAGCUUCCUCCCUCAGAGUUCUCUGUCCUCAGAAAAGCUCUUCCAACGGUCGAUCCACAGGGAGACAGGCUCCUACGCAGGCAGGAGGACGAUGCAGUCCAUCAGCAACGAGCAGAAAGCGUGCAAGGUGCUGGGCAUCGUGUUCUUCCUGUUCGUCGUGAUGUGGUGCCCGUUCUUCAUCACCAAUAUCAUGGCCGUCAUCUGCAAAGAGUCCUGCAACGAAGACGUCAUCGGAGCCCUGCUCAACGUGUUCGUCUGGAUCGGCUACCUCUCCUCAGCUGUCAACCCACUGGUGUACACGCUGUUCAACAAGACCUACAGGUCCGCCUUCUCACGGUACAUCCAGUGUCAGUACAAGGAGAACAGAAAGCCACUGCAGCUGAUUUUAGUGAACACCAUACCAGCAUUGGCCUACAAGUCUAGUGAACUCCAGGCGGGCCAAAACAAGAACUCACAGGAAGACGCCGAGCCGACAGGUAACGACUGCUCCAUGGUUACGCUAGGGAAGGAGCACUCAGAGGAGACUUGUACAGACAACCUUGAAACUGUGAAUGAAAAAGUUAGCUGUGUGUGAUGAACGGGAUGCUGUGACCAACUGCCGGGGUCGCUUGAACAAGUCUGUACCCGCGUGUGGGGGCAGGGAGAGAGGAGGCUGGGAUGAAUUAGACUGACUACUCCAGGGAGCCCACAGUGUUUCUGCGCCUCGCUGUGUUCUGUGUGUUCAGAGGAGCGGGUCACAAAGUGUGCACUUGGACAGUGUCCCGACAGCACUUGUAACGGGAGCGUUAGGACACUUUUAACAUUGUCAAUGAGAGCUUUAAAAUCAUUGGCCUUUAUUGUGCAAUUGUAAGGAGGCAUAAAAUCAAUCUAGUCGCCUUCUAUUAUCAAAUGGAAACCUUGCUGCCAUGUUGUUGAUGGGUGGCAUGGGAGUGAGUUGGUGACCUAUAAAUUGUUGUAUAUAAAAA